AUGGCUGGUAUGGAUCGACUGAGUAUACAGAGUUUGUGGUCUUUGAUGGGACUGGUGAUUCGAAACGCAGAAAGGCUGGGCAUUCAUCGCGAUGGAACUCUUCUAGGUCUUUCACCCUUUGAAGUCGAAGAACGACGUCGAGUUUGGUGGCAGCUGCAACACGUUGAUUUGGCACUUGCGAUCAAGGGUGGAUUGACUCCUCUUACAUUGAUGGCCGACUGGGAUGCGAAGCUGCCUCUCAAUAUUGAAGACGAUGACAUGAAAAUGACUGCGACAGAAAUGCCGAAAGAAAGGAAAGGAUUGACCAGCUUAUCAUACUGCCUGUAUACUUAUUGGGUUCUCAAUGAGCAACGUCGGUUCUUUCGGGAUCGACAGCUUCGCUUUCGAUUAUCCUGGCAAGCAAGCACGUCGCUGAAACAAACGGACAAAGACUCGUUGCUUGAUGAGCUUGAGACUGGUAUCGGUCAGAAUUUCCUGCAAUACUGCGAUCCUCUCAGACCCAUAGACGUGCUAAUUCAGUUCUCGGCUAAAGCAUUGAUCCUCGUUAUGCGGAUACGAGCUUUGCACCCCUUGGUCUACGGCGACAACUCAACACAAGCCACACAAGAAAGUCGGGAUGAGCUUUUGGAACUCUGUGUCCGGUGCUUGGAAUACAGUAUUGCGACUCGCUUACAAUCAUUGCUCCAAAACUUCCAGUGGUGGGUCAAAGGCAUAUUUUCGUGGUUGGCACUCAUGUGUGUCAUUGUGGAAGUGUUGCAGCAACAGGAUGAAGCCAGGACCGAGCGAUUGUGGAGUCUGCUAGCUGACCUAUACUCGGCUAACACGACUCUGUCAGACCUCACAAGGGAUCGCAGAAAACACCACAUGGCAAAGCUCAUAGUCUCGGCUUGGAAAGCACGGCAAGAUCGGUCGAGCAGUGGUACCUCCAGCGCCACGCCCACGUUUAUCACGGACUUGGAAUCGCGACUGUCUGCCUUCCGGGCACGGAAUGGACAAAAUCAUACAGACACCACUAUGCAACAGCAAAACACUGUCCAACCCUUCGAUCCUACUCUCUCAGACAGCUACCUUGCAAGCCUAGAUACUGAUACCAUUGAUUUUGACCUUCAAGAUAUUGAUUGGUCAUACUGGAGCAGCAUCAGCUAG